GCGUGUCAAAGCCAUGGGGAGCUUCUACAAGGACUACUUCAACUCCUGCAAGGUCUUGGAGCACUACAACUACACCAAGGACAAGCUGGAGAAGGACAAGGACCCCUCGCUCGGGCCCGUCACCGUCGCCAUCGUCAUCUUCUGCUGCUUCAUCAUCUUGGAGAACCUGCUGGUGCUGGUGUCCGUCUGGAGGAACAAGAAGUUCCACUCGGCCAUGUACAUCUUCAUCGGCAACCUGGCCUUCUCGGACCUCCUGGCGGGCGCGGCCUUCAUCGCCAACGUGGUGCUCUCGGGCCCGGCCACCUUCCUGCUCACCCCGCUGCAGUGGUUCGUGCGGGAGGGGACGGCCUUCGCCACCUUGGCGGCCUCCGUCUUCAGCCUGCUGGCCAUCGCCAUCGAGAGGCACGUGGCCAUCACCAAGGUGAAGGUCUACAGCAGCGACAAGAACUGCCGGAUGGUGCUGCUGAUCGGGGCCUGCUGGGUCAUCUCGGCCAUCAUCGGCGGGAUGCCCGUCCUCGGCUGGAACUGCCUGCAUAAUCUCGACGAGUGCUCCACCGUCCUGCCGCUCUACUCCAAGCGCUACAUUUUCUUCGUGGUCACCGUCUUCACCCUCAUCCUUCUGUCCAUCGUGGUCCUCUACGUCCGGAUAUACCGCAUCGUCCGCUCCAGCCACGCCGAGAUAGCUGGCUCCCAGACAAUGGCCCUGCUCCGGACCGUGACCUUCGUCCUGGGGGCCUUCAUCGUUUGUUGGCUGCCGGCCUUCAUCGUCCUCCUGAUAGACGCUUUGUGCCCCAGGAAGGCAUGCACAAUCCUUUACCAGGCGAAGUAUUUCUUUGCCUUCGCCACCCUCAACUCCGCGAUAAACCCCCUCAUCUACACCCUCCGCAGCAAGGACAUGAGGAAAGAGUUCCUGCGAGUGUUGUGUUGUUGGGGGAUCAUGGGCCAGGGGAAACCCGCGGACCGGUGCAUGAUCCCCCUCCGGAGCUCCAGCUCUUUGGACCGCUGCACCCAAAAGCAGGACCUGACCACUUCGCCUUUCAUGAAGGAGCGUUCCACUUUCGUUUGAAGGGAC